UUUUGUUGGUCUUUUGGGGGGAGAAAAGAGGAUUGGCGCCUCGCUUCGUUUGAUAUAGAGCAGCUUGUUCUGUUUUUGUUUCUUGGAAAUGAAUUCCUACAAAAAUGACGUUAAAGAGGACCAGGGUGGACCGGUUAUGGGACAAGUUUCAAACUCAAGUCCUCCCUAUAAGCAUAAAGCGCCAGAGGUUCUUGCCAGGUCGGCAGUGCCUUUCUCAGAACGCUUUCCCAUCCCUCAGGACCAAGUUGGACCGCAACACUUUACAAAGCUAAAACUUUUGGGCAAAGGAGCAGUAGGUAAAACGUAUUUGGUUGCGUUGAAGGGAACAGACAAACUUUAUGCCAUGAAAGUGUUAACCAAGGAGGAAAUGAUUGUGAAGAACAAAGUAAAAAGAGUUUUGACAGAACGAGAAAUUUUGGCAACUGUGAACCACCCUUUCAUCGUCACUAUGUAUGCCUCCUUCCAAACUGAAAAGCGGUUGUACUUCAUAACAGAAUACUGUGCUGGAGGAGAAUUUUUCGCUGUGCUCCAGAGGCAACCUAAGAAGAGGUUAAAAGAGGAAGCGGCUAAAUUCUAUGCUGCUGAAGUCUUAUUAGCACUGGAAUAUCUGCAUCACAUGGGGUUUAUAUAUCGAGACUUAAAACCGGAGAACAUUCUUAUGAGAGGUGAUGGACACCUCGCUCUCACCGAUUUCGACCUUUCGAAACAAGCUCAAGCUGUUUCUCCUCGUGUUGUCAGUCAUCAAAUGUCUCUUCUUGAGAAGAUACGCAACAACUUCCAAGGGAAAAACGUGGAUCCUUCUCAAAAACUAGACAUUGUUGAUUCAGAACCCGUGCUCUCAUAUGCUACAAAUUCAUUUGUGGGAACUGAGGAAUAUGUAGCACCAGAGGUCGUUAGAGGAGUCGGUCACUCGUCCAGCGUGGACUGGUGGACUUUAGGUAUCCUUAUAUACGAAAUGAUAUUUGGUUCAACCCCUUUUAAGGGUUCCUUUUCUGAUGAAACGUUUAGCAAUAUUAUAGCAAAUGGUGUCAAGUUCCCUGAAGAUGUUGUUGUGUCACCUGAGUGCAAGAGCUUAAUUAAGAAGCUACUUAAAAGAGAUCCCGAGCGUCGCUUAGGCCACGAGAAUGGAGCGUCAGACAUUAAGAGGCAUCCGUGGUUUUCCAAUAUCAAUUUUGCGCUUAUUCGUAAUGAACGCCCGCCCAUAAUUCCUUCCAUACCUGAUCCUCGUGAUCUUUCUUUAUAUGCCUCAUUGAACGUCGAGGACGAUGAUGACGACGUGGAUACUUUGAGCGAUUGGAGUUCUAAUGACCCAAGUAAUCCUUUUAUCAACUUUAAUUGUUAUCGUGACGAGAAGCAACUUGGUCAUCAUUAUUAGAAGUCACGUUGUUUUUGGUAUAUUUCUGUAAAAUGCUACACGAUAAUGUGAUGAUAAUAAUAAUAAUAAUAACCUUGACUGCAUAUGUUCUUGUUUGAAUUUCAUGGUGUUUUGUUUCGUAACCACUGUUUUCUCGUAGUAUCAAGAAAGCAAAAUCAGUGGAUACAACCUAGUGUAGAAAUUCCGUUUGGCAAAAUACACUUGCAGCAUGUCAAUAGACUACUUUCACAUUUAGGCAUUAGGUAAGGUUGAGUGCCUAUGUUGCAUGGUCCAAAAGGAGAGUUUUAACUCUUUGGCAUUAGUCUAUAUGCGCUAUUGUGGUGGUAUCCAAAUAUAAAUGUGUCUAAUGACAACUUUUGACUUUUAUGUUGAAGUGGAUACAACUAGUUUGCAGCCUAUGAUAAACUAACGGCCAUGCCCCAUAUACAGUGAUAAUACAACUAUGUCUCACAAGGAAUGUACCUACAGCAAGUUAUUAAGAGGCUACAAGACACGAGUUGGAAAGUUUCUGUCGCAAAAUGCGAAUAAUAUUGAUGGAUUGAUUGAAUGCCCAUAGAGAAGAAGAGACAAUUUCAAAAUAAAAAAUGCAGUUUUGGC